AUGGAAGCUGGCGUGGCGGCAGGAUCGGCGACUCGAGUCGAGCGGCGGCGCGUGGGAGUCCGAUCAUUAGGCGUCGCCCUGCUGCCGCUCGGCGCGCUGUCCGUCUACGUGGCCUUCCACGCCGUGCUCAGUUAUUCGCCCGGGGGCAUCGCAGCGCUUAUUGACAAGCCCGUGAAGCUGUACUGGUCGCAGUGGGCGGCGCCGUCGCAGCGUGACCGGGGAGCAGCGGGGCUGCUUAUAACGGAGCAGCAGGCCAGGCCCACAGAGGAUGGAGGGGCACGCCGUGAAUCUGUAUCGCGGAUGGCGCAGAAUGAAGCGACAAAAAAGUCGGCGGACACGCGGGCAGGAGAGGAAGCAACGCGUGGGGAAGGGGAGGGGGCGGAGGAAGGAGAGGAAGCAAUGCGCGGGGAAGGGGAGGGGGCGGAGGAAGGAGAGGAAGCAAUGCGCGGGGAAGGGGAGGGGGCGGAGGAAGGAGAGGAAGCAAUGCGCGGGGAAGGGGAGGGGGCGGAGGAAGGAGAGGAAGCAAUGCGCGGGAAGGAGGAGGGGGCGGAAUGGGAGUGCGGGGUGGAGGAGGAGCGGAGGGCGGGGGAAGGGUGGAGCGUCACGGGGGUGGUGAGGUUCGGGCGAGUGGAGGUGGAAGGAGCGGGCGCGGAGAGGGCUCUCGCCAACCAGCGCACGUGCUUCUCCGUGACUGCAUUCGAUACAGCUGGAGACGCGUUCGAUGUUGGUUGCAGGCAGCGGGCUUUCUUCGUGGCACUACUCACCUUUGACACCCUCGCCAACCGCUCCUCCUCACAACCUCUCGGUGCCACCUCCUCUCUUUCGACUCAGUCACCCUCUUCCUCUACCUCCAUCACCAACAGCAACAACACCAGUGGCAGCAGCAGCGACAGUGGAGUGGGUGCGGAGGACACAGAAAGUAGGUGGAGACGUUUCAGGAGAACGGCGAGAGUGACAGAGGCUCCGGCAUGGGACGAUGCUGCUAACGGAUGGACUGACUUGCGGCUGGCAGCUCAAGUCACGUACCGCCCCGCCUCCUCCUCCCACCAGGUGUGCUUCACAGCGCCCUUCCCCGGCCCCUACCUGCUCUCGCUGCAUCUGCUCUUCUCCAACGCCUGUCAGACCCGCACUGCUCUCAGCAAGGUCUACAACCAAGGCUUCCAAAACUAUCAUCUGGUGGCCCUUCGCAAGCUGCUAGUCACCAGCCCCCAGCCGUACUUCCCAGACGCGCUUAGAAGGAGCCUCCCCUGGUGCACGCCUGCCCUGCUGCGCUCGUCCGGCAAUGAGGGCUACUGGAAGGACCAGCAUUGGCGCCCCCACGCGUGCCGCCUCAAGUCCGUUCAGCCCGCCGAUGUGCUCCGUUGUUUCCACCGCAAGCAACGUGUGCUGCUCAUGGGCGACUCAGAGAUGCGCUACCUCUUCGGCUUCCUCCAGGUCUUCCUUCAUGCACACUCGCGCGCAGCCUUUGUGGAUUCCGAGAAGGUCAACAUGCAGGGCGUGCACGGGUUCCAUGGCUUUCCCCAGGUGUGGAGCCCCUUUGACGAAAGCGUGGGGAGUGGACCGAAGAAGGUGCUUUGCAUGCGUGUGCGCGGAACCGACUACGCCAACACCUUCUACUAUGGCUCGCUCUAUGAUGGCUUCGUGCGCACCAGGUUCAACAUGACCAGAAGAAGCGGCCGCGCCUUUGAGUUCAAUCUAACAUACGUGGCACAGAUGGGGGCGGUGCAGGAGGUGCUGCCAGCGUGGAUGUUCAACACCAGCCUCCUGGGAGACGACGUGCUGAGCCGCCCAGACACUCCCUUCCGACUCGUUGCCUUUGGCGCCUCCCUGCACGAUCUCACCACACUCAACUCCACACUGGACUACCGACGAACCGCAACCUCGCACCUGCUGCCCAGCCUGCGCCGUCGCUUGCAGGACGCGCGGCAGGUGACCUUCUUUGGUCCGUGGGCAGCCAGAGAGGACAUCAAGCCGCGCUGGGUGAUCAACAAAAGCAACAACGUGCGCGGCAUAGCCUUCGAGGAGGAAGCUUCCAGGCUACUGCCGCUCCAAGGAUAUGAGAGCUGCAAGAACGUGUUCGGCAGCAGCCUUCGCCUGACAAGCCGCGCGCGGGCUGCGAGGCCUCAGUCGCAGCGCCGCGUUGCGGUUGUGUCGCCGCGAGCGGUGGAUAUUCUGACGUGGGACGAGGCGAAGGAGGCGGUGGAUAAGGACGGGUACACCAUCGUGGACAUCCGUGACAUCACGCAGUACGAUCGCGCCAGGAUUCCCGGGAGCAUUCACAUUCCCGCGUUUAUCCUAAACACCGACAAUGACGUUGGAACGAUGAUCCGACGGGCGGCUCACACGAGCAUGCCCGGCAAUCUGUACGGCCUGGCGUUCACCAAGCCCAACCCGGACUUCAUCUCCACCAUCCGCUCCAAGUUCUCCUCGCCUGACGCCAAGAUUCUCUUCGUGUGCCAAGAAGGCCUCCGCUCGCUGUCUGUGGCGUCGGACCUGGAGAGGCUCGGAUACACCGACAUUGUUGUCACGGAGGGCCUCAACAAGCUCAAGCCAGGCGCUAUUCUCUUCCUCAAGUUCUUCCCAGAGCAGGCUGAGGUCAUCUUUGGCGGCCUGUAA